CGUCAAAUUCAAGUCAUCAGAUUGGCUAAUCUAAUCAUUCGGUCGAUAUAUAAACUUGAAACAGUGUUAGUUAUCUUCAUCACAAUUAUAAUUUAUUUAUAAUUAUCUGUAGUUUACCGUCGACAUGCCUUCACGUCGUUAUCAAGAUGACUGUGUAAUUUUGAAUGAUGAUUUUCCAGGAUACUUUGGAAAUAAUUUUUUGCUACCAGCACGUUACCAAGAAUAUAUCGAGAGUAUAAUUGUACCACAUGGAAUGGUUUUGGAUCGUCUAGAUAAAAUGGCAUCUGAUAUUCUAGAUACAUAUGAAGCUUCGUAUACACAUUCAAUUCAUGUUAUAUGCAUUCUGAAGGGUGGUUUCAAAUUCGCGACUGAUUUAUUCUUCAAAUUACGAUCAAUUAUAACAUCAAGAAAGAAAGAUAUCGCUUUGUACAUUGAUUUCAUCUUAUCUAAUACUUAUGUUAAUGAUUCUGUGGGUGAUGGAACAAAAUUAAACCCUUGUGCAGAUUUUGAGAAAUUUCGAAAUAAGAAGGUUCUCAUUGUAGAAGAUCUUGUUGAUACGGGAACAAGUCUUACUAAAAUCGAAGAAUUUGUCCUUCAAUAUAAUCCACUUUCGUUACACACAGCUUGUUUGUUACUGAAAAGAAGACCAGAUUGUGUUGGGUAUAUACCAGACUGUAAGUUCUCGACAUUUAAUUUUAAAAAAUUUCACAUGAACUGUAACCUCGAUUGGCCCUACUUGCUUCAUGGUGUAAUUGCUUCAGUUGGAAUAAAGCUGUAUUACAAAGUUGAACUGGUGUGAUUAUUCCCUUUCUAAACAACUAUCAGUCAUAACCCACUAAAAAGUAUAAUGCCGGAAAUACUAAACGAUAACAUAUGAAAGUCUAUGAUUAUUUGCAUAUUUCCCCAUUAAAUAUCACGAAUAAAUCAUAAAUAAGCUUUUAGAAGUGGCAGAGAAUGUAGUAUUAGAAAUACCUGAUGAACUAUUAAGUGAAGGAAUUCUUAAACACCUGUUACCUUUUAGCAGCAAAAAUUGGCCUAUAUUAACUUAUUAUGAGUAGUUUUUAACGCAUUGCUUGAUUUUCCAAGACCAAUAACUGUAUUUAAAACAUUUUUGUAGCAGUGGAUGGAAUAUUUGAAUGUUCUAAAACUAUUUUGUAUAACACUAUGGUUACCGAUUUGUGAGGCGGUAAAUGUAAGCCACGAUGAGACUGUUAGUAAAUAACUAGUAGUAGCAAUAGGCAAUUAUCAUUGAAGCGUUAAAUCAUGUUUGGUGUCAUUUUAGACAUUUGGGUGAAUGUGAAAUGUUGAACUCGAACGAUAUGGUUGUUUGUUACUUUUUUCUAUACAAUAUUUUGGUCAGUAAUAAACAAGUACAAAUAUCUACUAUCACAAGACUCCUGUACCAUAAAAAAACAGUUGUAAUCAUUCGAUUCUUUUGAAUAUUCUCUGACAAUGACAGUUGUUUUCUUUGCAUAUGUCCACUGUCCGUGAUUUACAUCCAAAGCAGGAAACUUUUGACCUAAUUUCUCUCCAUGUUUUCUUGUACAAAACAGAAAAAAAUACAAGCUGAUUAUUUACUGUAAAUAUAUCACUGCUUUAUGCUCAUAACUGAUCUUAAACAUCUCUUAAAUUCUUUAGUUGUUGGCUUUGAAGUACCCAACCGAUUCAUAGUUGGAUAUGGCAUUGACUACAACGAUAACUUCCGUGAUAUACCACAUGUUUGUUCAGUAAAUAAUGAGGGUAAACGGAAAUUCGCUCAACCCACACCCUCAGUAACAACAGUUCAAGAACAAAGUAAACUGUAACUACUCAUUAUUUUUCUUCUAUACAAUUACUUGUAAACAUUUAAAACUACACUAUAUUGUCUUCACUUAGGUUUGACAAUCAACACUUACACAGAAUCCUAUUUUGUUACAUUUCAUUUUUCAAGUAAAAAAAAAGUUUUUCAUACGAAUACUUUCCGUUCCUCUUAUUUGUUUAUUUUAUGAUUUCUUUAUAAAAACAAUAAUAGAACAAUAUCGAUUUAC